AUGUUGACUAACAUCCUCACUGUUGCUGCAUUAUGUGCAAGUGCACUGGCGCAUGGCGACCAUGAAAAUCAACUUCCAAUUGCUGGACCACACAAAUCACUUUGGUAUAACACUUUACCGGGAGAUGGAGGAACUCAAGCCGAUUCGGUGUUUUCGGGCAUCUCAACCUUUGGUAGAUUGCCAUAUUCUCCAUGCUUAGCAACAGAUGAUGUGAAAUAUGACAUUGCGUUUAUUGGAGCUCCAUUUGACACCGGAACUUCCUAUCGACCGGGAGCUCGAUUCGGUCCAUCGGGGAUUAGACAAGGCUCAAGACGUUUGAAUCUUUAUGGAGGAUACAAUGUUCCUCUAGCCACCAACCCUUUCAAUAGUUGGGCAACAGUAAUUGACUGUGGAGAUAUUCCUGUCACAUCCUACGAUAAUACGUGGGCCCUUCAUCAAAUUGAAGAAGGCCAUAACUCUAUUCUCUCGCGUGCCCCCGCAACCGAUGCCAAGAAACUUGGACCUGCCAAAAAUGGCAAAACUCUCCCAAGAGUUAUCACCUUAGGUGGAGAUCAUACAAUUACUCUCCCUCUCCUCCGCUCCAUCAACCGGGCAUAUGGUCCCGUUUCCGUCAUCCAUUUUGAUUCCCAUCUUGAUACCUGGAAACCAAAGGUAUUUGGUGGAAGUCCAUCGAAAGUUGCUUCCAUCAAUCAUGGUACUUACUUCUACCAUGCUGCACAAGAGGGUUUGCUUGCAAAUGAUACAAAUAUCCAUGCUGGUAUCAGAACUACUCUGAGUGGUCCCAGCGACUAUGAGAAUGAUGGGUACUGCGGUUUUGAAAUUGUUGAAGCGAGAGAAAUCGACACGAUUGGUAUGGAUGGUAUCAUCAAGAAAAUCCGAGAGCGUGUCGGACUUGAAAGACCUGUUUACCUAUCUAUUGAUAUCGAUACCCUUGACCCUGCCUUUGCUCCUGCAACAGGAACUCCGGAAACAGGAGGAUGGUCUACUAGAGAACUGAGAACCAUCUUAAGAGGAUUGGAGGGUAUCAACUUGAUUGCUGCAGAUAUUGUCGAAGUAGCCCCAGCGUAUGAUACGAAUGCGGAACACACUACCAUGGCAGCGGCAGAUGCGCUCUAUGAAGUACUUAGUUUGAUGGUUAAGAAAGGGCCAUUGAGUAUGAUGAUGGAUAAGAUUAUCGAGGACAAGGUCGAGAUUUAA